AUGUCGGAUCACGACCUUGCCGGUAACGAUGACUUGUCCUUACCCAAGGCCACUGUUCAAAAGAUCGUAACCGAGAUCCUUCCGCCCUCCGCCGGCGUCGCCUUCUCAAAAGAGGCCCGCGACCUGCUCAUAGAGUGCUGCGUUGAGUUUAUCACCCUCAUCUCCUCGGAGGCCAACGAGAUUUCGGAGAAGGAAGCCAAGAAGACCAUCGCCUGCGACCACAUCACCAAGGCCCUCGAGCAACUGGGCUUCGCAGACUACGUCCCCGCCGUACUCGAGGCCGCCGCAGAGCACAAAGAAGUGCAAAAGGGCCGUGAAAAGAAGGCCAACAAGUUUGCCAACAGCCAGAUCCCCCUCGAGGAGCUCGAGAGGAUGCAGAGAGAGGCGUUUGAGGACGCUGCCAAUCGCCACGCUUAG